AGGGAGGAAGGAAGGCGGGGGUGUUUUGAACACCAACUUGUUGAGUAUUGAUGUACUGAUCAGAUUGAUUCUCCUUCAACCGCCAUUGGCCAUUAGAACUGUUAAGAAGAAAAGACUGACAUUAAAAAUGUUGCAGACUUGUAGGAACAUUUCCAAAGCUCGGCCUAUUUUACAAAAGUAUGCCGGAUGCUUACAAAUUAGCAAUCAUUUAAGCACAUCAGCUGCCUUAUUUGACGGACGUCCUUUUCCGUUGACGGCUCUGACUGAAGAUGAACUUGUCCUCAAAGAUAUGGUUGCAAAGCUGGCAUCUGAAAAUAUUGCUCCAUAUGUUAAAAAAAUGGAGAAAGAAGGAAAAUUUGAUCCUAGUGUACUUGAGGCCAUUUUUGACAGUGGGCUUAUGGGAAUAGAAAUAGAGGCUGAGUAUGGUGGCUCAGGCUUAUCUUUUAUGUCCUCUAUCAUUGCUGUUGAAGAAAUAUCAAAAGUAGAUGCAUCUGUGGGUAUAUACGUUGACAUUCAAAAUACCUUAGUCAACGCUCUGAUAAGAAAAAUUGGAACACCAGAGCAGAAAAAGCAUUAUUUACCUCUACUUGCCCAAAAAGCCGGUGGCUGUUUCUGUCUGUCAGAACCACAGUCCGGAUCUGAUGCUUUUGCAAUGAAAACUAUUGCAAAGAAGGAUGGUAGCGAUUAUGUUAUAAAUGGAACAAAAAUGUGGAUCUCACAUUCAGAUGUCGCUGGUGUCUUUCUUGUCAUGGCAAAUGCUAAUCCAUCUGAUGGUUACCGUGGCAUAACAUGCUUCAUUGUAGACAGAGAGAUGCCUGGUGUUUCUGUUGGAAAAAAGGAAGACAAAUUGGGGCUCCGUGCUUCUGGAACAUGCAUGGUUCACUUUGACAAUGUCAGGGUUCCAGAGAGAAAUAUUUUAGGUAAAUUUGGUCAUGGUUAUAAGUAUGCUGCAGGGUUCUUGAAUGAAGGCCGUAUUGGUAUUGGUGCACAAAUGGUGGGCAUUGCACAGGGAUGCUUUGAUGCCACUAUCCCAUACACUUUAGAACGCAGACAAUUUGGAAAAAGUGUAUUCUCAUUUCAGGGCAUGUCUCAUCAAAUUGCUCAAGUGGCAACUCAAAUCGAAUCUACUCGUCUCUUGGUGUACAAUGCUGCAAGACUGCAAGAGAUGGGGCUAGACUUCAUUAAACAGGCUGCAAUGGCUAAAUAUUAUGCAGCAGAAGUGGCACUUUUGACAACAUCCAAAUGCAUUGACUGGAUGGGGGGAGUUGGAUUCACAAAAGAUUUUCCCCAAGAAAAGUUCUACCGAGAUUGUAAGGUUGGUUCCAUUUAUGAAGGUACGUCCAAUAUUCAGUUAAAUACAAUCGCAAAAUUCAUUCAAAGGGAGUAUGAACAGUAGCUCAAUUUGUGAUUUUAUUGUUGAUCAUAAUUGCUAUUCUAUGGCUAUGACUUUAUACCAAAUUUGCUAUGCUAUGGCUAUGAUUUUAUACCAAAUUAUUUAUUUCAUAUGUGUAAAUGACUUUUUUUUGCUCUGUUGCUAUGAUUUGGUUGUUAUACAUAGAAUCUCGCUAAGUUUAUUUAGUUUCUUUCUUAUAACACUCAAUGAUAGAAAACUUUUGUAAUGUCUUCUGGAUUACGAUUUUGUAAUGUGAAUGUUUACCAAUGCCAUUGUUGUGGUGUUCUAUGAUUAUUUGCUGUUACCAGCCAAGUUAUUAAGUAACUUUGGUGUGCCAUACUUAUCUAAUGUAGAGUCUAUUUUUAUAUGAAUGCUUUAUCUAUUCCUUGUUAAAAUAUUUGCCUUUAUUAUUUGAGAGAAACGUCUGGAGUGUCCUCUCUGCAGGAUUCCCCUAAAUGAUUUUAAAACUAUUGUUUUUAUAAACACCAAGCUUUAGGGAACACUGUUUAGGUUCUUAACGGUACAUUAUUGUGGCAUUCUAUAUCUCUAUUGAUUUACUUUUCUCAAGGAUCAGGUUGGACAAGUACCAAUUAAUCAAUUUAUGUGCUCAGACUUUUUCUUGACUCUUUGUUGUCUCAUUCAGUGAAUGUGUUGUGGAUUCUUCUGUGUCAUCCAUUUGGAAUUGGCAGUUCCAUCCUUUUAAAUGAUCACAACCAAAGGUUCAGUUGAAUUGAGUGGCCACUAAUCAAGUUUCCUUUGUAUCAUUUUCAUGGAAUUUGUAUUGUGGGCAUGCUCUGCACUUGCCAGAUAAACAACUGAGAUGCUAGUUCACCAUAUUGGAUGCAACUGUAAAUACCAUAAGACAAACAGACAGAUUCUCUACACUACCAUUAAAAACCUUAACCAGAUUAAAUCAACAUUCAGUCAUAGUGUUGUGUAGUAAGUACUCUUAAAACCUAUUCCUGGGUCCAAAAUCGAUGGAAUAUCUAGUCUUAAAUGUCACAAAAUGACUUGUUAAGGGCAGUAAUUUAAUUUUAGGAUUUUUUAAGUUGGGGUUGGGUAGUAAAAUAAAUAUGAUAUUUGUUCAAUACA